CAAUUAUUGAGUUACAUGAUUCAAAUUGCAGAGGGUGUCAAGUAUUUGCAUUCCGAGGGAUUUGUACAUUUGGAUUUAAAGCCGAGUAACAUUUUUGUUACCAAUGAUGAAAAGAAUAAUGGCAGUAUUCACACUGACCAGCUUCUUGUUCCACAAAGCUUUAGCUCUGAACAAACUCUUCUGGGUACUGUUAAAUAUUGCUCACCAGAAAUGAUGUCCCAGGAACCAUAUGGAUAUUCGACAGAUAUGUGGUCUCUUGGUUGUGUAUUUUAUGAACUC